AAUACUAUUCAGAAAUGACAAGCAGUUCAAUCACUACUUCCUCUGAAAUAAAUGCAGUGAGGUUGCAACUUUGGAAUAUGACUAUUGAUAAACCUAAAAGCUCGAAAAUAGAUGAUGAUUCAGGAUAUAAAGACACUAAAACCCCUCAAGCUUCACACCUUAGUUACAAAAGUAGCCCUGAUGGAAGAGAUGUGCUCUCCAUGAAUACACCAUACCAACAUGAAAUCACAACACAUUCUUUGGUGAGCCUGAAGAAGUUUGUUAUGGACUUGAGGAAAAGCGAUAAGUCAGACCUGCCCUAUCAAUUAGGGGGAUAUUUUAAAGAAGGGGAAGUAGAGCAACAAUAUCUAGUUAAUACAAAAGGGGAAAUAUUUUUGGAAAAUGUUGCUAAGGAUAGUGCAGUCCACCAAUCAGCUCCAGAUAAGCACCUGCCACCUUCACAAAAUGUGCUGAAUUUGGAUAAUGCUGCAUUGUUAGGGGUGACCACCACUAAGGAGAAUUUUCAUCCUAUCACACGUAAAAUAGAAGACAUUUCAUAUCCCACAGGAAAGAAUCAGAACCAUCAGCUUGAUUUAACUAGAGGUGAAACUACCUUUUCAGGAACAAAGAACUCUGAAGCCAUGAUGAAACAUCUGCAGAUAUCUGAUAUGGUUCUUCCCCAGAACGUGGACAAAAAAACACAGCUGGUAGUAUCUAGUCAGAAUGUAACAGAUUUUCCAGGGGCAUCCAGUACAAGCACAAAUGUAGAGCUAAUUACAUUCAAAACACAAGAUUUCUCACAAGCAGCCGUACCCAGCAUAGACCAACCAGGAAAUGUCAAUAUAAAAUCAAACCUGUUUGUAAAUAAGAAUGAAGAAGAAUCAUUUAGAUCCAGAGUGAAUGGUGUGAUUAUGCUAGAUAAACCUGUUACACACAAUUCAGAUUCACAAGCAACAGUGAGUACAGAAAGAAAUGCAAAUGUAGAUGAAACCAGUGAAAUAAAUACAUUCCAACCAAUUGAACCUGUGCCAACUGUAAAUAGUUCUGUCCUGUCCAAAAUAACUACACCCUUCAGUCAACUUCAGCAAUUCACAGACAGCGAAAGGAUGGAACUUACCACAUCUACUGUUCAACCAACCACAGUCAGUGGAGUUGCAGGAAUAAGUCAGAAGAAUCUGGUCUAUGAGAAAGAAAGUCUAAACAAAGAUAGUCUUGUUCAGACACUCAUUCACUCCCCAGGUGAUAUAUCCCAAUCCAUCACUUCUAAUGCAAAAGAUAAAAUUCCUGUAAGUGUAACAACCACUAAGAGUUUUUUACCCAUGACUAGAAAAGAUGGCAAAGUUCAGCCCAUUGUCGACAAAGAUACAAGUAUACUGCAAGUAGUUACAACUAUCGCUGACAUCUUUGAGCCAUCACUUAGUCUAAGUGAAAAGAGUACAAUGCAACAAAACUCCUCUGAGGAUGUUCAUGAAGCCAUUGCACACACAUUUACUGGAGUAUAUAGAGGUCAGGUCGUCGAAGGCACAGAAGGGGCUCCAUUCCCAAAAGAGGAAUUUAGUCAAAAUUAUGCGUCACAUUUAACUGAAACAGUGACCCUUCCCUCAUUCCAUAGAAAAAAUGUUGCCAACAUCGCAAAAGUUGUCACUGAUUUUUUAUCAUUAGUUGCUUCAUCUAUAAGUCCAGUUACUAUGCAAACAUCUGCGGCGCAUUCACCAUUAAAUCUUGAAGACAUGUCCAUAUCAGCUUUUCCUGUCAUUACCACAAAAGUACCAACAAGGGGAGAUAAUGUACAUUCAUCCACCUCCUCAUUUGUAAAUCCAGAUUCAUGUGGUGGUGUGAUGAGACAGAUUGAAGGAAGAUUUCAGACCCCACACUAUCCACAAUCCUACCCGAGGGACAUGGACUGCACCUGGGAGAUCGAAGCACCUCUUGGAUAUCUCAUCCGUUUGGAUUUUACUUCCUUGUUUAUCGAAGAACACAGAACAUGCAAAUAUGAUUAUGUGGUUGUUUACGACGGCAAAGGACCUGACAAAGUAGAAAUGGGCAGGUUCUGUGGAUCUGAAGUGCCACCACAGCUCCAGGGCUCUUCCAACACAAUGAGCAUCACAAUGAGAUCAGACUCGUCGAUGGAAUUAGAGGGAUUUUCAGCCCAGUUUAGCACUUUUCAAGCUCCAGAAGGUUAUAUCCACCUGGAUAGAGGAAAUAAUAAAUAUGGUGGCAUAAUAAAAAUGAUGUCCAGUGGGCACUGGGGAGGAAUAUGUGCCAAACACUGGACCAAUAGAGAUGCCAUGGUGGUGUGCCGUCAGUUAGGCUUCGGUGGACCAGCGUUAGCAACAAGGGUUGAUGUGAGUCAGCAAAAUACUUCACAAACAAUUCCUUACAUUAAAUGCAAAGGAGAUGAAAUGGUACUGCAGGACUGUGAUAUCAAAAGGGUUGGUAAAUGUUCAAGCAAUGAACAUGCCGCAGUCAUCUGCCAAGUCAUGGAAUCCUGUGCAGCCUUAAAAAGUGCAGGCAUUCUGAAGUCUGGGGUCUUCACCAUAGAUCCUGAUGGUGUGGAUGGUGGAGUUGAUCCUUUUCCUGUUGAAUGUGACAUGGUCUCUGACCCAGCAACAGGCAUUACCAUAAUCGGUCACGAUUCAGAGGAUCGAAUCCGUGUAUCUCCCUGUGAAGAUGCUGGGUGCUAUUCUCGAACUAUACAUUACAAUCAGAUAUCUUUAGAUCAACUUAAGGCUUUAACUGAGACAUCAAAGUACUGUAAGCAAUAUAUCAGUUUGGAAUGUCGCCAUAUCCGUUUCCUUAAGCAGCACUGGGGUUGGUGGGUGUCUCGUGAUGGGCGUAAAAUAAAUUCCUGGGGUGGAGCUUCAACUGACAGUGGAAAGUGUGCCUGUGGGGAGAAUGGCAACUGUGCCCUGGGUCUUUCCACAUGCAACUGUGAUGCAAAUGAUGGAGUUUGGAGACAAGACAAAGGAUAUUUGACAGACAAAGCCAUUCUUCCUGUACGUGAAGUGAGAUUUGGAGAUACAAGAGAUGCACCUGUCGAGAUGGCUUUUCACAAAAUCGGCCCAUUUCAUUGUUAUGGACAGAGUUCCCAGGUUUCGGUGCUGGAGUCCUGUACUGCACUGAAAAAGGCAGGGUUCCAGGAAUCACGUCGUUAUGUCAUUGACCCAGAUGGUGCUGGAAGGGGAGUUGCACCAUUUGAAGUUUUCUGUGAUUUGGCCUCUGACCAAUCAACAGGUAUAACCAUCGUGAGCCAUGACAGUGAAAGACGCACAAGAGUAGCUCCCUGUGAGGAUCCUGGCUGCUACACAAAAGAGAUAAAAUAUGAAGCAGAGCUGAAUCAGCUGAAUGCUCUCACAAGCAUUUCUGAAUCCUGUGAGCAGUAUGUCAAGCUGGACUGUCGCCAUAUUCGCUUCAUUCAAGCAGCCUGGGGCUGGUGGACAUCCUGGGAUGGAAGAAGAAUGUUCUACUGGGGAGGUGCGAGUCCAGAGAGUGGUCGCUGUGCUUGUGGAAUGACAGGAUCCUGUUCUGUCCCAGGAAAGCUCUGCAAUUGUGACAGCAAUGACCACAUUUGGAGAACAGAUGAAGGAAUCCUACGUGAUAAAUCAUCACUGCCUAUCCAAGCUGUACACUUUGGCGAUACCAAAGGCGCACCAUUAGAGAUGGCCUUUUAUACUAUAGGAAAGCUCAUGUGCAAAGGACAGGCUGGGAGAUAGAAGAUCUACUAAUCUUUGUGAAAGCAUUGCUAUGGUCCACCAAAGACAGUUAAUCUGUCAGAACCUUUGUUCCCUGACAAGAGAGAAAUAGACUUUACAUAAGGGUUUGAAAAUAAUGAUUGAUCCAGUAUGGGCUUGAACUUUAUUAGAUGUGUGUGCAUGUCUUCAUGAAAUUUAGUGGCCUUUGUAGUGUUUGCAAACCAUAUAAAGAUGUCAUUCAGGCUGACUGCUGCCUAUCUCAUCUCAUCUAAUCCUGUUAACAUUUCCUUAUAUUAUUUUCUUC